GACCAACACUCGUCAGUCUUUACCUCCCCCCUCUUCCGCCUCUCCCCCCCUUCCUCCCCAUCUCUACCCCGAUGCGCUCCCUGGCCCUCCUCGUUGCCUCCGCAUCGCUCGCUGCAGCCUUCAACACCGGCCAUCGCGACAUCUACCACGACAACCACGGCCAGGACCUUCGUAGGCGAAACAUCGUCUACAACGGCCAGAUCGCCGACGCCUACGACUUCGUUGUCGUCGGUGGUGGUACCGCAGGCCUCGCCAUCGCCUCCCGUCUCUCCGAGGACUCCAACACUACUGUUCUCGUUCUCGAGGCUGGAGACACCGGAGACGCUGUUGCAGACUCUAUCAAUGUCCCCGUGAACGCAUACUACUCCGGCCUUCCCGGCACCUCCUACGACUGGCAAUACACCACCGCCAACCAGCCUAACGCGAACAACCGCGUCCUCCCUUGGCCCCGCGGCAAGGUCCUCGGCGGCUCCUCCGCCAUGAACGGCAUGUACACCGUCCGCCCCUCCAAGCUCGAGGUCGACACCUGGGCCAGCCUCAUCGGUGACGGCGGCGACAAAUGGAGCUGGGACUCGCUCUUCACGACCAUGAAGGAGAGCGAGACCUUUACCCCGCCGUCGUCCGAUAUCCAGGCAGAGGGCGGCAUCAAGUACGAAGCCGCUAGCCGUGGAACAUCCGGCCCCGUCCACUCCUCCUACCCCGGAUACAUGGUGCCCCUCGUCGGGAACUGGACAACCACGCUCGCCGACAUCGGCGUCGCCGUUCCCAACGACGCGUACGGCGGUGAGAACUGGGGUGGCUUCAUUGCCACCUCGUCCAUCAACCCGUCCAACUGGACGCGUUCGUACUCGCGGUCCGCAUACAUCGACCCCCUCCCUCCGCGCUCGAACCUCGCGGUCCUUCCCAACGCGACCGUCACCCGCAUCAUCUUCGACACCUCGAACAAGUCCAACAUCACCGCGACCGGCGUUGAGUGGGCUACGAGCGCCACCGCCGCUCGCCAGACCAUCAAGGUCAACAAGGAGGUGAUCCUCGCGGGCGGUGCAAUCGGCAGCCCGCACGUACUUAUGCACAGCGGCGUUGGCCCCUCUGAUGUCCUCAAGGCGGCCGGCGUCGACGUCACGCUCGACCUUCCGGGAGUCGGCCAGCACGUCCAGGACCAUAUCUCGACGCAGGUCACUUGGAAGACGACGGCGCAGACGGCGAACUCGCUCCACACGCAGAACCUUGCGGCUGGCAACGGUAACUCACCCGCGUUCCUCUCGUUCAUCAACUCGGCCACUGCGUACGUGAACGUCACCGACCUGCUCGGGUUCGACUUCGCGCCCCAGUUCCGCCAGCAGGUCGCCGACGCGCUCGCGUCGUCCGUCUCGACCCUCGUCCCGAGCUCUUCCGAUGCGGUCAAGCAGGGCUACGAGGCGAUCUACAACGCGACGUUGAACACGUUCCUGAACAGCCCAACCGGCCAGAUCGAGAUCCUGCUCUCGCUCACCGGCGCCCCGGUCGACGGCUCGAACACCGUCGGCAUCCAGGCCGCGCUCCAGCACCCGUUCUCGCAGGGACGCAUCUACAUCGCCUCCGACGACCCCUUCACCCCGCCCGUCAUUGACCCGCAGUACCUUUCGCACAACGCCGACACCGUCCUCCUCCGCGAGGGCCUCAAGCUGGCGCGCAAGAUCGGUAACACCGCCCCCUUGAGCUCGUCCGUCGGCGAUGAGGUUACUCCGGGUAGCUCGGUCCAGUCCGACGACGACUGGGACAAGUGGCUUGCGAACGCGAUCGGCACCGAGUACCACCCCUCGUGCUCGUGCGCGAUGCUCCCGCAGGCGCAGGGCGGCGUCGUCGACGCCGACCUCAAGGUGUACGGCCUCGCGAACGUCCGGAUCGCCGACGCGUCCGUAUUCCCCAUUCAGUUCUCCGCGCAUCUGCAGGCGCCCGUCUACGGCCUCGCCGAACAGGCAUCGAAGAUCAUCCGCGCGACGUACAACGGCGUCGGCUGGCCAUCUGCGAACCAGGCGAGCGGGAACACGUCUGCCACUGGCUCGAGCACGAGCGCGUCGCCUUCCGCAACAACAACGCAGCAGCAGGACACGAACGCGGCCGCGCCCCGCGUGAUCGCGGGCUCGGCCGUCGUCACACUCGUGAGCGUGCUCGCCGCGCUGCUGUUGUGAUCGCGUCUCGGUCCUCGUUGCUUUCGUGUUGCUUUCGCUCGCCGCGCCCCUCGCGCACCCCCAUCUCGUCUCGUUUCGUUUUGUCUCUUGGGCCGGAUAACGGACCUCUCCAGACUCUCGACUCUCGUACAGUACGCCCAUUGACUCUGGCUCUGCUCCCAGCGCGCGCGUGUCGCGCGCAACCCUCCGCUCCUUACUCGCCCGGUCGAGCACCGUGGACAAUGCAUCCGUCGUGUUUCCAUACAGACUCUUGCGCAUCUCAUCUCUCUCUAAUCGGCACGCUCGCGCGUGUGUCUGACGCAUCUCGGCAUGGACCGUCCUUCACGAACUGUUUCUGUAGUAUAUACCCGCUCAUAGUCUAUUCCAGCCCCGCGCCGCCGUGCAGCCGCAUUUCUACUCCCCGCCCCCCGCGCGGAGGGCGUAGUGUACCGUCGCAGUGUCUCUUUCGUAGUGAUGUUGUACGGUACCUGAACAUAACUCAUCUUAUCC